AUGCCUAAAAAGGACAAUUUCGACGAAGCUCGCCUAGCCGAGGCUAUCAAAAUCGCUCUAGCCCAAAAGAAACCAAAUAUCGCCAAGAUUGCGCGUGAAUUCGACGUAUCUCGCACUACCCUCUCCGACCGCGUCAAAAAGGCAAUAACGCCCACUACACCUACCGAAUCACGCAGAAACGCCCUUACAAGCUAUCAAGAGAGAGCCUUGGUGGCCUGGAUACACCAGAUGUGUAACUGGAACCUCCCCCCAACGCGCCAGGAUAGACAGGUCGGCAAGAAUUGGGCGUAUAGCUUUAUGGCACGCAUCCCUGCACAUAUUAAUCUAGCACCGGUGAAGCAGAAGACCAAGGAACUAAGGCGAAUUUAA